GUGUAACAGGAGUUCUGCGGUGUGAAACGUCUCUUGAUGCCGUCCUCGCAGUAUGGCCGCGUCACGCGAGUCGUCAGCCGAACAAAAGGUCCCUCGACUCGGCAGAACGAGGUCGAUACUGGCUCAAUUGUCAUGCAGUUGGCACCUCAUCAAAACGUAGAUUAUUCAUGUUUCUGUAUGUGCAUACACCGUAACAUCCCGCCCACAUAGAUCUACACACGAGUCAGUCUACACAGGAGCCAUGGACUCGCUCUCACCGGAAUGUACACCACUCAAGCAUCGAUAUGACUCGUGCUUCAAUGCCUGGUUCGAGGGUUACCUGCAGCCCGUGGUCUUGACGAGCGGACCCUCGACGGUGGUCUCUUCGCAGGAGACGAGCUCGGCCGUGGCACAAAAGGCGGAUCAGGGCUCGCCGGGGGCAGAGAUUGAUGCGGAUCAGAAAGUGUUUGAAGGACUGGCCGACGAAGAUGCAGGAGUAUCGAUAUCGACUAGCGAGACCAAAAGUCCAACUGGCAAGGAGCUACCGAUCCCCUCAACCUUUCGCGGUGGGAAUCUUCGGGAAGACGAUGUUCGAGCGCACCCGGACCUGUACCCCUUCUUGUCUCGCCGCCCGGCUCAUUCCACCGCACCUCUCCCAGAACUCUUGCACGAAUACGCAUAUUUCGCGCUAGGAGAGCUCGAAGACGAAAUUCUGGUGGACGAAGACGAGGAGGACGUCGAACAGCUGGCGGAGAGCGAGAGGCAGGCGAUCGAGCAAGAGUUUGGACCGGAGGAAGCGUUGUUUGAUGACGACCUUCCGGGCGACGAGAAUGAUGACGCUCAGAGGCAUCAGUUGGGACAGAACGAUGGCGUGCAACAGGUCGAGAUGGCCGGAGGGAUGACGGAGGAGGAGAUGAGGAAGGAGAGGUCAAGGAUGAUGGCCGAGGAGUACGAACGAAAUUGCGGCGGAUUGUGGACAGACUAUCGAGCGUGCUUGCAGCGAGCGAUCGACGGCAAUCAACCCUUGUCUGCGCUCCUUGAACAAUCAACAUCAGAGAACCCGCUAGACGAGGCCGUCCCCCUCGAAGGUGGAGGGUACGGCGCUCCGGGAUCGGAACCGUGAUCAAGGCUCUUUACUGGAUCUGGCUUCCCUAUUGUGCGACUGCUUCGCCAUACUCUUUCCCACUACCACCCGACAAUUCACGUUCUUGCUUUACGACCAAUUUAUACCGAG